GAGCUACAUCAGGAAGUGAAGACCAUGCAGGUAGAGGAAGAGGCACGGAGUAAAUUAGAGGAGAAGACACAAGUGCUGGAGGCUCAACUGUCCACUACUCAGCUCUUACUUGACAAGGAGAAAUCCAAGUACCAGAAUGCUUGUCGCCAACAGGAGUCACUGCAGGCCAAGCAGAGGUCUCUGCUGGAGCGAGUGGAUGCUCUGGACCAGGAGUGUGAGGAGCUUCAGGAACAGUUGGGGAAGAGUGAGGACCGACAGACAGACCUACAAGAACGACUGACACACAUCUCAGAGGAGAAGGACCAACUUGAAACCCAGCUCACCCAAGAACAGGCCUUGUGUUCUGAGCUUCAGCAGGAGAAGCAGAGACUGGAAAGUCACGUGAGUGAGCUGAAAGACAGUGUGAAUCAGUUGAGAGGAGAGGUGCAGGAGUUAGCCCAGAGGGAGAGGCUGCUGGUGGCGUUCCCAGAGCUCAACCCCCUGCCUCAGGGAUCUCCACAGAGCACAGGGGAUGUGUUGGGGGAUAUGGAGCAACAGUUACAGGCUAACUAUGUUCGGAUUAGGGUUCUGGAGCAGGAGAAUAGCACCCUGCACAGUAGCCUGGUGAAACUGAGGGAUAGAGCCCAACUAGGGGCCUCCAUGGUGGAGUCCAAGAUUACCUGCCCCAGCAGCUGUGGAUUCACCCAGUCUCUGCCUGACACACCCAGCGAGAGCCAGCUAAAACCCACCCCCUAUGUACAACACAGCCCUUUUCAGACCUCCAGUGCAGGAUUGUUGAAACAUGGAGUGAGGAAGAAGGGAGCAGAUGAAGGGGCCGUCCCUAUGGAGAUGAGGCCUCGGGAUCACUUGUCCACCGCUACCUCGUCACUCUCUGCCCCCUCCACUACAUCUCUGGUGCACCAGCAGACCCUCCGGCUCUCCCCAGACACCAGUGCAGCCAGAACCUACACAAGGAUUCGCCAGGCAUCCAGAACCCGCUCUGUUUGCAUGCACCAGAGGAAGAAGUGAAUCCAGCACUUGGUGAUCAACCUCAUGGUGACAAUUUUUGGAGCAUAACAAUGCUCAAAGAGGUGGGGGCUGAAAGAGGCUGUUGUUUAAAGUGUAUGUCAGGCAUCUCCAUAAGGAGACUGUGAUAAGACACAGAUGAUUUGGGCAGAGAAACAAUACAGCUAAGCUGUAGAGUUCAGGAUCUUUGUCAACAUUGAUCUGGCUUGAAGUCACUAUUCACCUGAAAAUUAAUUUGCAAUCAUACACAAUACAACUGUGGUGUCAUGUUUUUUAUUUCUUGAACUGUUGUGUUAAUCAUUUUUCUGCACUGAAUCCAGUGUUGGGGAGUAGUGCAUGUUGUGCAUCAGUGCAUCAGACCUUCCUAAUUCUCACUUGAAACACAGUUUGUGUUUAAUUGGCUAAAUUACAAAUUCUGUUAACAUCUGA